CCCCCAACCUGAUGCUAGUCCCUUUCCUGUUACUUCUCAGUCACCGCAGGAGCCCCUUGUCUUUCAGGCCAUGCAGCCAUGUUCUGGGAGCCCUAAUUGCACAGAAGCCCAUGGGGAGCUUCAGACCGUCAGCCCUGCUCCUGGCUUUCCUCCUGGUAGUCAUCGACCUCUCUGACUCUGCUGCGAUUGGCUGUCCCCACCUGCCCCACUGGAACACCCGCUGUCCUCUGGCCUCCCACAUGGAUGAUAGUUUCACUGGAAGUUCUGCCCAUAUCCCUUGCCGCACCUGGUGGGCCCUCUUCUCCACAAAGCCUUGGUGUGUGCGAGUCUGGCACUGUUCCCGCUGUUUGUGCCAACAUCUGCUGUCAGGUCGCUCAGGUCUUCAGUGGGGCUUCUUCCACCUCCUGGUACAGAAAUCCAAAAAGUCUUCCACAUUCAAUUUCUGUAGGAGACACAAGAUGCCAGCACCUGCUCAGAGGAAGCCGCUGCCUAGUCGUCGCCUGUCUGAGAAGAGCCAUCACAUUUCCAUCCCCUCCCCAGACAUCUCCCACAAGGGACUUCGCUCUAAAAGGACCCAACCUUCGGAUCCAGAGGCAUGGGAAAGUCUUCCCAGAUUGGACUCACAAAGGCACGGAGGGCCCGAGUUCUCCUUUGAUUUGCUGCCCGAGGCCCGGGCUAUUCGGGUGAACAUACCUUCAGGCCCUGAGGUCAGUGUGCGUCUUUGUCACCAGUGGGCACUGGAGUGUGAGGAGCUGAGCAGUCCCUAUGAUGUCCAGAAAAUUGUGUCUGGGGGCCACACUGUAGAGCUGCCUUAUGAAUUCCUUCUGCCCUGUCUGUGCAUAGAGGCAUCCUACCUGCAAGAGGACACUGUGAGGCGCAAAAAAUGUCCCUUCCAGAGAUGGCCGGAAGCCUAUGGCUCGGACUUCUGGAAGUCAGUGCACUUCACUGACUACAGCCAGCACACUCAGAUGGUCAUGGCCCUGACACUCCGCUGCCCACUGAAGCUGGAAGCUGCCCUCUGCCAGAGGCAAGACUGGCAUACCCUUUGCAAAGACCUUCCAAAUGCCACGGCUCGAGAGUCAGACGGGUGGUAUGUUUUGGAGAAGGUGGAUCUGCACCCCCAGCUCUGCUUCAAGUUCUCUUUUGGAAACAGCAGCCAUGUUGAAUGCCCCCACCAGACUGGGUCUCUCACAUCCUGGAAUGUGAGCAUGGAUACCCAGGCCCAGCAGCUGAUUCUUCACUUCUCCUCAAGAAUGCAUGCCACCUUCAGUGCUGCCUGGAGCCGCCCAGGCUUGGGGCAGGACACUUUGGUGCCCCCUGUGUACACUGUCAGCCAGGCCCGGGGCUCAAGUCCAGUGACACUAGACCUCAUCAUUCCCUUCCUGAGGCCAGGGCGCUGUGUCCUGCUCCACACUUCACUCAGCUCCCUGGGGAGGAGAAUAUGCCUGGUUCAUAGGGCUGGGGGACUCUGUGCCCUCAGGUGUGGCGGUCAGAUGUCCAGUUUGCCUGGAAGCACCUCUUGUGUCCAGAUGUCUCUUUCAGACGCCUGGGGCUCUUGA